CGGGUCGCGCCGCCUGCACCGGCUGCGGGGGGGGAGGGGGUCCGGCUUCCCGGGCCGUCCCCCCCCCGCCCCCGGGGAAAAAGGCGUUUCAGGGCUCCCCCCUUCGGCGCCGCGCAAAGUGGCUUCGAACAUCCUCCAAGUCUCUCAAAGUCCUUGGGACGCCCCAGAAGUCUUCCAGCUCCCCUAGAAUGCCCGUUUCAGCUCGCCACCCCCCCCAACUAAGUCUGUCUUAAAAUCGGUUUCAACUACCCCACGAAAAAGUGCGGUUUCGUAGUCCUCAAAAAAAGUCAGUUUCACACGCCCUCCAAAAAAGAAAAAAACUGAGCGGGGGAGGGGCUGCGCUGGGGCGCCCGCUUCACACCCGGCCUCCAGUUGGCAGACAAAGAGGGGAUUUCUCUGCUGCAUAAGUUGGGUCUCCCUCGUCCUCGGAGGCCCCUCCCCACCCCCAGCCUUGGAGGUAUCUCCCGGGCUGCCCCCGUCCCCACCUGGGGACCCCUGGGGAAAGUCGAGACUGGAGGGGCCUGGAGUGCAUUUCUUUGGGACGGAGAUUUUUCUCUGUACCUUUUUCUGGGGGUGGAAUGGGUCCUGGCAGGUGGAUCCCCCAUCCGCCAUUCUAGAAUGGCGGGGGCACCCUGGUCUUGGGACCCUCUCCCCGCUCAGGGAGGGCGGGUGAGGGAUGUUGUCAAAGUUUUGCUUAAAAAUAAUUCCCGGAUACAUUGUGACAGUAAAGCAACCUAGGGUGGUUUUUUUUCUUUUUUGAACACUGUUAGGGUUUUUUAGGGGGAGGGAGAUUGAGGGUGGAGGGAAGCUUUACUGGUCCCUGCAUAGAGUGCGCCCCCCCACUUUAAGUUGUGAAGCUUGUAAAAGAGUUUCGUGGUUUUCUGACUUGUGGAUUUCCUUCAUGUCGAAUUUGGGGGCGACCUUGUCUUCAACGGGCUGUGACGUCUGGGUGGGGGGAUCACCAAAUUUCCCUCGGAGUGAGGUAGGGCCGGGCUGUUCCUCCUCUUCCCAGGGGAGUAGGGGGGCCUCAGAGGAAACCCGGGGGUGGUUGGAAAUGAGAGACGUGGGGAAAGGAGAGGUUCUGGCUGCCCUGCGUGCAGUUUAAACUUGGCAACUUGACGCCCUGGUGGUCUCUGGGGGAGUUAGGGAGUUUAUAUUUGCACACCCUCCCCCCAUUUUUCAGACUCCCGGUGGCCUCUGGGGAGGGCUCUACGGGGACCCAGACUCUGGAAUUCCAUCUUCCCUGCCCCUGCUCCCAGGGCUCCGCUGGAACUCAGACCCCAGGGCAGUUGAGGGUUUUUUAGGCGGCUUCCCCACUCUGUGUUUUGGCCACUCACACCUCUUUUCUCCUCCCUGUUUCUCCCUGUCCAUCUGUCCCCACGUCCACCAUGCAGGGUUUCCAGGCCUGAGGUGCCCGCCCUGGCCCCAGGAGAAUGAACCAGCCGCAGAGGAUGGCGCCUGUGGGCACAGACAAGGAGCUCAGUGACCUCCUGGACUUCAGCAUGAUGUUCCCGCUGCCUGUCACCAACGGGAAGGGCCGGCCCGCCUCCCUGGCCGGGGCGCAGUUCGGAGGUUCAGGUCUUGAGGACCGGCCCAGCUCAGGUUCCUGGGGCAGCGGCGACCAGAACAGCUCCUCCUUUGACCCCAGCCGGACCUUCAGCGAGGGCACCCACUUCACUGAGUCGCACAGCAGCCUCUCUUCAUCCACAUUCCUGGGACCGGGACUGGGAGGCAAGAGCGGCGAGCGGGGUGCCUAUGCCUCCUUUGGGAGAGACGCAGGCGUGGGCGGCCUGACUCAGGCUGGCUUCCUGUCGGGCGAGCUGGCGCUCAGCAGCCCCGGGCCCCUGUCCCCUUCGGGCAUGAAGGGAACCUCCCAGUACUACCCCUCCUACUCUGGCAGCUCCCGGCGGAGAGCGGCGGACGGCAGCCUAGACACGCAGCCCAAGAAGGUCCGGAAGGUCCCGCCGGGUCUCCCAUCCUCGGUGUACCCACCCAGCUCAGGUGAGGAUUAUGGCAGGGAUGCCGCCGCCUACCCGUCCGCCAAGACCCCCAGCAGCGCCUAUCCCGCCCCCUUCUACAUGGCAGAUGGCAGCCUGCACCCCUCAGCCGAGCUGUGGAGUCCCCCGGGCCAGGCAGGCUUCGGGCCCAUGCUGGGUGGGGGCUCAUCCCCCCUGCCCCUCCCGCCUGGCAGCAGCGCCGUGGGCAGCAGUGGAAGCAGCAGCACGUUUGCUGGCCUGCACCAGCACGAGCGCAUGGGCUACCAGCUGCAUGGAACAGAGGUGAACGGUGGGCUCCCGGCUGCAUCCUCCUUCUCCUCGGCCCCCGGAGCCACGUACGGUGGCGUCUCCAGCCACACGCCGCCUGUCAGCGGGGCCGACAGCCUUCUGGGCUCCCGAGGGACCACAGCCGGCAGCUCCGGGGAUGCCCUCGGGAAAGCACUGGCCUCGAUCUACUCCCCGGAUCACUCAAGCAAUAACUUCUCGUCCAGCCCUUCCACCCCCGUGGGCUCCCCUCAGGGCCUGGCAGGGACGUCGCAGUGGCCUCGAGCAGGAGCCCCCGGUGCCUUAUCGCCCAGCUACGACGGGGGUCUCCAUGGCCUGCAGAGUAAGAUAGAAGACCACCUGGACGAGGCCAUCCACGUGCUCCGCAGCCACGCCGUGGGCACAGCCGGCGACAUGCACACGCUGCUACCUGGCCACGGGGCGCUGGCCUCGGGUUUCGCCGGCCCCAUGUCGCUGGGCGGGCGGCACGCAGGCCUGGUUGGAGGCGGACACCCUGAGGAUGGCCUUGCAGGCAGCACCAGCCUCAUGCACAACCACGCAGCCCUCCCCAGCCAGCCGGGCGCCCUCCCCGACCUCUCACGGCCUCCCGACUCCUACAGCGGGCUAGGGCGAGCAGGUGCCACGGCGGCCGCCGGCGAGAUCAAGCGGGAGGAGAAGGAGGAUGAGGAGAACACGUUGGCGGCUGACCACUCGGAGGAGGAGAAGAAGGAGCUGAAGGCCCCCCGGGCCCGGACCAGAAGGCCGAGCGGGAGAAGGAGCGCCGGGUGGCCAAUAACGCCCGGGAGCGGCUGCGGGUCCGUGACAUCAACGAGGCCUUUAAGGAGCUGGGGCGCAUGUGCCAGCUGCACCUCAACAGCGAGAAGCCCCAGACCAAACUGCUCAUCCUGCACCAGGCCGUCUCGGUCAUCCUGAACUUGGAACAGCAAGUGCGAGAGCGGAACCUGAAUCCCAAAGCAGCCUGUUUGAAACGGCGAGAAGAGGAAAAGGUGUCGGGCGUGGUCGGAGACCCCCAGAUGGUGCUUUCAGCUGCCCACCCAGGCCUGAGCGAAGCCCACAACCCCGCCGGGCACAUGUGAAAGGUAUGCCUCCGUGGGACGAGCCACCCACUCUCAGCCCUGUGCGCUGGGCCCAGAACAGCCACUCGAGACCCCAGGCUUCGUCCACGUCCACACCUCACACACCUGUUGUCAGCAUCGAGCCAACACCAACCUGAUGGGGUUCGGAGUGGUGGGGGCGACCAAGGUGACGCUGGGUCCAGGAGCUCCCUGGGACCCUGGCCCACCCCUCCCUGGCCUCGCUCCCCCUGUCCUCGAAUCUCAGCCAUCGUGUCACCCUGUGACUUGCCCCGCGGAUCCUGGAACUGCGUCUUGGCCCUGUUGCCUGGGCUGACAGGACCUUUUUUUUUUUUUUUUUUUUUUUCCAGUAAGCAAAACCUGACAGCGAGCAACAAAACACACACUUUGUCAGAACAGAAAAAAAUGCCUUAACUAUAAAAAGUGGAGAAAUGGAAACAUAUCACUCGAGGGGGAUGCUGUGGAGACCUGGCUUAUGCUUCAAAAGCCACCAGCAAAUUGUGCCUAAGCCUAAUAUUUUUUUUAAGGAAAAUAAAAAGAACAUUAGUUAUAAGAUUUUUUUUUUUUUCUUCUUAAUGUAGAUGAAAAUUAGCAAGGAUGCUGCCUUUGGUCUCUGGUUUUUUUUUUUAAGCUUUUUUUUUUGCAUAUGUUUUGUAAGCAACAAAUUUUUUUGUAUGAAAGUCCCGUGUCUCUCGCUAUUUCUGCUGCUGUUUCUAGACUGAGCAUUGCAUUUCCUGAUCAACCAGAUGAUUAAACGUUGUAUUAAAAAGACCCCGUGUAAACCUGAGCCCCCCCGCACCCCCCCCGGAAGCCACUGCACACAGAACGGGGACAGGUGGGGGUCUUUUGUUUUUUUGAUGUUGGGGGUUCUCCUCUUGGUUUUGUCACGUGGAGAGCGAUGUGGAGAGCCAUGCGUGGGCGUUCCCUGAUGCAGGCGCCUUGGGGCUUCCCUGCCGCAUCCUCUCCCCUCAGGAAGGGGGCUGACCUGGGCUUGGGGGAAGGGACGUCAGCAAGGUGGCUCUGACCCAGGUGACCCUGCCAAGCAGCUCUGGCCCCCAGGGCUACUCCACACGAUGUCCUCCCCAGGCCCCCAUAAGCUGCUCUCCCUUGGAACCUGCACACCUCUCCGAAGCGGGGCAUGUUGUUGGGACCAGUGACCCCUGGCAUGGGGACCACACCCUGGAGCUGGGUGCUGGGGACCUUCCUGGACACCCUGUCCUUCACUCCUUUGCCCCAGGGACCCAGGCUCGUACUCUGAACUCUGAGGGGACGCGGCUCAGGAGCCAGCACAGGACACCCCCACCCUACCCCAGCAUGUCCCCAUUACACCAGAGGGCCAUCGUGAUGUAGACAGGAUGCCAGGGCCCUGGCCGGUGUCCCGCAACGCUGGGAAGCAUCCCUGGGCCUGGGGCCAUACCUGCUGCCCUCCCUCUGUGGGGCCCAAGGGCAAGAGUGGCUGGAGCCGGGAGACUCUGCUGAUCUGAGCCCCACGAAGGCCUUGGGCUGCGCAACCCGGCUGCAGAACCAGCAGGGUGGCCCCUCGGGCCCAUCUGUGUCCUGUGUCCCAGCACCCAGGACUCUCUCCAGGUCCCCUUUUCUGGUCUCUUGCCAUGAGGGUAACCAGCUCUUCCCAGCUGUCUGGGGACUGUCUUGGGUUUAAAACUGCAAGUCUCCUGCCCUGAGAUUCCGUUCACUUCCACACAAACUAGGGUGAUGGUCACGGUGGCACCCAGGUGUGGGCUGGGCUAGCCGGGCACCUUCAUGUGUUCUUCAUGCCCCUCCCUGCACUGAGGCCUUGUGGACCCCCGGGCUGGCUGUGCUCACCCCGGCAGCAGGUCAGGUGUCUGCUCCUGUGCCACCCCUGAGACUCCCACCGUUACCCCCAGGAGAGCCUGGACUGCCUGACUCCCCUCCCCAGACUUGCUGGGGAGCCUGGGCCCCAUGGCAGAUUCAAGGGAAACCGCGAGGCCAGCUCAAGGCCUGGGAUCUGCCCCCAGUCCAGGCCAGGUGGAGCGGAGGGGCUGUCUGCCACUCCCCCUUCUCUGUGGUUCCCCCUGCGCCCUGGGGAUUCGGUCUCUUAGGGAACCUGCCUCUGUCUCCCUGUUGUUUUGAUCCCGGCCCUGCUCCUAGGUCUGGGUGGGCAGUGGCCCCGUAGCCUCUGGAACUGCGCGUCCUGCAUAGAAUUUAAACGAGAUUCACCCGGCGCCAGGAGGGAGAAACAGCAGUGUCGGGGAACCACAAUUAUGGGGGGGGGUGGGGGGUGUGCUCUGAGUGCCUCAAGAUGGUUUUCAAAAAAAUUUUUUUAAAGAAAAUAAUUUUAUACGUGUCAACACAGCUGGCUGGAUUAUUGGGACUUUUAAACGAUCCUCUUUAAAGUGGAUUCAGAGACCUGUCCUGUAUAUAACAGCACUGUAGCAAUAAAUGUGACAUUUUAUAACGAA